AUGGAGAAAGCCAAUGAAAUAUGGUGUAGCCAAGUGUGUAAAGCUAAAACCACUUUUUCAAGUCAAAGGAAACUAGGAAAUCCCCCACCCCCUUUUCCAUCCCAAAUCCACGCUUCAGGGCUCAGCCUAAUGGACAGCAACAAAGACUCAUCCCUCAACGACACCGUUUUACAGAUCCUUCUCGUCAUCCUUAUGGCCUUCUCCUUCUACUUCAUUCACGACGCCCCAAAGAAGCUUUUCUCCACUCUCCGAAACCGCAACCGGGCCCACGUCCAGGCCAAUCACCACUUUGUCCGCGGGGCCCAGAUCCUCGCCAAGGCCCGGGCAUCCCCUUCCCGAUCCUCAGCCUCCUCCCUUGCCAAACAGGCCCAGGACGAGGCCCGCCAGGCCAUCGCUCUCGACCCUACUGAUGCCGCCGCCCACCUCCUCAUCGCUCUCGCCCUCGACCUCCGCGGCCUCAGCGCCGCCGCGAUCGACUCCCUCGACGCCGCGUUGUCCCCCGCCUUGGCCCGGUCGCUCAGCGACGGCGAGAGGGCCGACGCGCUGGUGAAGCGGGCCGAGCUGAGGAUGACGGUGGGCCCGGGCCAGCGAGGGCGGGCCGAUCCCGCGUUGGCGGAUCUGCAGGAGGCCCUGAGGAUUAGCCCGAAGAACGCGAAGGCGUUGUUUCUGUUGGGAAAGUACUAUGAAGGAAAGAAAAUGGAGAAAGAAGCUAUUGAGGCUUACAUGGAGGCUCUGAAGGCGGAGCCACAGUUGCGUAAAGCUCAAGAAGCUCUUCAGAGGUUAGGGUCUUAG